AUUAUUUCCUUUUCUUUUUCUCUUUUUGAACUGAUGCCUUUUUCUAAUAAAGAAAUUCUUUUUAAAAUUAAAUAAAGAAAACAAUUACAUUUUCUGGGUAUCUUUGGGAAUUGCUAAAACAUGAGUUGAUUUAUGUACCCAACUGUCAAUGAAAAACCUGGUUUCCAUGAGUUCAUCUGAGUUUGGUGUAGAAUAUGAUGAAUGGUAUCGCUGUUUGUUGAAUCAAUUUUAUUUUUAAGUUCCCAGAAUAACCUAUUAUCAAGGUUGGGAUACUUGUUUCUAAUGAAUUGAUUUAGAUUUUUUUCCUUUUUGUGGAGAAAUGAAUUGAUUUAGAUUUGAUUAUACCUCUGUUGGCUAGUUUUCUUAUAUAAGUAAUUCUUCAGGAUUAUUGGUUUCAUGUCUUAUAGCUGAAUUAAGCCGUGAAGUUCCAGAAUUUUACACCUUUCCAACACUUUUAAUGAGUCACCCCCUUGAUCUGGAUUAAGCCUGGACAGUAUGAAGUUCAAACAAGGGAACUUGGUGGAGGUGUUAAGAAGAGAACAUGAUCCAUACGGCUCCUGGUUUACUGGUAAUAUAAUUUCAGCAGAUGGUGACAACUAUAUUGUUAGGUACAAACUGCUCGUGGACCACGAAGAAAAACGAGUCGCAGAGAAGGUGCGAGGGAUGGAUGUUAGACCCCUGCCUCCAAGUGUAAAUGGUAAGCGUUGGGCAGUUGGGGAUAUAGCUGAGGUGUUUGAUACUCAGUGUUGGAGGGUUGCAAAGGUCGCAAAAGUGUUAAACAACAGCAGCCGAUUUGUCAUUAAGUUCUUUGGGUCCAUACAACUUAAGGAAUUUCAUGCAUCAAGUUUAAGGAUUAGGCAGGCUUGGCAUGACAACAAGUGGAUAGUAAUAGGGAAGGUUGCUGAGAAUUUUACACCAAAAACUCCAUACCGAGCUGGUGGCUUGCGUUUUAGGACAUCAUUGCAUUUUAACACAACCAUGCAAUCUAAAGCAAGAUAUAAAGAGGGAGAACAUAACAACGGUGAGGCUCAUAAUAUCACCAAGUGGCUGUCUAUGAGAGCAAAGAGUAAAGGCUCUGCCCAUCAAUAUGAAGAAUACAAUAUGGACCCCCUCUUUGGCAGAACCUUCAAGAAAAGGAAACCAUCUCUAUAUUCUAGAGGCUGUGAUGGAAAGAGAACUCUUCCUUCGUAUAAGCAGGUAGAUAUUUCUUGCUCACAUGUAGCGGUUGAUGAAAACUUCAUUAAGCAAUCAACUAACAGGAAUAGCAGAAUGGAAGGCAAAAUUCCUCGCUGUUUAUAUGAUUCUUCUACGCCUGUUUGGUCUACUGAAGAUAAUGAUCAAUGCUCCGUUGCUAGCUGUAGUUUUAACGGUGACUGUGUCAUCCCAUUCUCUCAUAAAUUGAUGGACAACACACCGAAUAAUUCCGAUGCUGAGUCAGCUUUCCCUUCUUUGUGUGGCAAAAGAGACUUGCCCUUGCCUCCUGUGAACAAAGUAUACUAUAUCCAUGAACUAGAGCUUCGUGCUUACAAGUCAACAAUGGAGGCAUUGUUUGCUUCAGGUCCUUUAUCUUGGGAGCAGGAAACCCUGUUAACAAAUCUCCGCCUCAGCCUUAAGAUUUCAGAUGAGGAACACCUACUCCAGCUGAGACACCUUUUGUCUGCUCAAGUUCUUUGAUCUUGCAUGUGUCUGUAUCUUGCCUAUGGAACUGCGCAACCAUUGACAGUUUAGAGAUGUGAGAGCUAUUGCAUCUAAAUCUCUUGCAGGCAGAGCUUAACCUUCAUGGGCCAAUAACGGGAACUCAUGCCUUUAAAAAAUUGAUUUGACUGAAUAACUUGAAUGUCACUUUGCUUUCGUAAUAUCGGUCGUAUGUGGAAAUAACUUUCUCCAAUUCUUAGUUCCUGUUAAUUCA